AUGGAUACUGCUAGAACUCAGUCAAUACCAGAUCUCGUCCAUGGUAUGGCAAAAAAUGAAUAUCCUGGCGUCUCCAACUUGAUACACACUCGCGCUUCUGCGACAUAUGGCGACCCGUCACAUCCCCUGGCUUUUCGACUGGGCAACGGUGGUGCUGGUCAUACUGGCAUUCUGAGAUUACUCUGCGAGUACUUCAUCGCUUCUAGAGGUGGAGGGUUUUGCAUCGAAUGGGUCUCGAACCAUAGUCGGCAUUCCCAGAUUGCUCUUUUGGGAGAUGUAGUCCAAGUGGCUCUGACGUACGAGCCUGAGUAUGAGGAUCUGGCGAUUCGCGAGGGCUGGGCUCGACGGGUGGCCAAAGUGUUCAACGACCAUUUCAUCUUGGUUGGACCCGCGGUCAAUCCAGCUGGUGUUGUUAUCGACGGCUGGAUCAAAGCUGCAAUGAAGGCGAUUGCAGACUAUGGUUGUUCAAGCGACUCAAAGCACAACAACGGAAUUUUUCAAACUCGUGGCGAUGGCUCAGCCACAUUCUACAAAGAACUUGCCUUGUGGGAUCUCGCUGGAGUCGAUCUGUCUUCCGCAAACUUUUGGAGAGUUACUAAGCCAGGAACACCGUACGAAGCAUUGCUGCACGCAGACCAUACAGGCGCUUACAUCAUCACUGAUCGUGCAACAUAUCUCACAGCUAAACGUGACAAUGUUCUGGUUGGUACAGUGCCAUUCGUCGAAGGUGGACCAGAGUUGUUGAAUCCUUGUUCUGCACUUGUUAACAUCAAGGCUCCUCAUAAUGCAUUGGCGAGAGACUUUGCUUCGUGGUUAGGUACUCAAGAAGUGCAGCAGAUGGUUGCAAAGUAUGGUCAAAGAUGGUCUGUUGCCACGCCUAUAUUCUCGCCGGCAGAGCAGCAGGAUAUGAUCAGGGCGGAGAGAUUAAGAGCUAAACUAUGA